UUCUCCCUCCUUCUAGCCGUCUCAGUUGUCGGUGAGGCCGGCGGGGCGGAUCCCACAAGGAGUCAAAAAGAAAGUAAAAGCAACAAAGAACACAGUAACAAUUUAGCCGUCUUGUGCAUUUCUCCAUAAAUCUCCCCGGUGGAUAUAUAUAGAAAAAAAUCAAGAUGCCCUCUGCAAUGAAUGCCAAUGGAACAGCGCAGUCUGCCAGCCCAGAUGUGGGAUCCGCUCCAAGUGUCGUGGGCAGCCGUGCGCUCAGUGGGCCGUCUGAAGUCCUGAAGCAAGUGCUUCAAGUCAUUGAUAAGAAAGCACGCAACAUGGAGAAGAAAAAGAGCAAACUGGAUGAUUACAAAGUCCGAAAGGAUAAAGGCGAGAGUCUUAACCAGGACCAGCUGGAGGCCCUAUGCAAAUACCAGGAAGUUGUCAAUAACUUGGAAUUUGCCCGGGAGUUGCAGAAGACGUUUGUUGCUCUUGGUCAAGAUAUCCAGAAGGCAGUGAAGAAAUCUAACCGACGAGAGCAGCUGCAACGAGAGGAGGCGGGACAGAGGAGGCUGAAGACGGUUCUGGAGCUGCAGUUCCUCCUGGACCGCCUGGGAGACGAGAUGGUGCGCCAAGACCUGAAGCAAGGAUCAAUGCUGCUCACAGAUGUGGACCUGGUGGCCUUCGAUGAGUUCUACAAGUUGGUGGGCCCCGAUCGUGACCAAAAAAUUAGGUUGGUUGACCAGUACGAGGAGGCAUCUGUGCACCUUUGGGACCUGCUGGAAGGCAAGGACAAGGCUGUGGUUGGCACAACUUACAAAGCUCUGAAGGAGAAGUUGGACCAGGUUUUGCUGAGCGGUUACUUCGACCAGGUUCCAAGUCACCAAAAUGGAGUGUGUGGGGAAGAGGAGGAAGGGGGAGAGGCUGAGGCUGGCGUGGAGGAGGAAGUGCAAGUUGAAGUGCCAGCCCCAACCUCGGGAACAGAAACGGUGGCUCAAUUGUCUGAAGCUGAAGAGCAGCCUGUUGAUGCAGAACCCGAAAUCGUUGAAGAGUACAUAGAGCCCAUUGCAGUGGAAACAAAAGAGUUUGUAAACAGACAGUUCAUUCCAGAUGGCACAUACAGCAACAGCAAACAAGAGCAAGGGGAUGAGUGGACCACAGAAACUGAGGUGAUGGCUGCCAUGCAGCAGCCAGUGCAGCAGGCCCCUCCCCCUAUUGCCAUGGAGACUCACCCUUUGACCUUGGUGACUCCUGUGCCGCCGACUGACCCCAUGGUCAGGAAGCAGGUGGUGCAGGACCUGAUGGCCCAGAUGCAGGGAACGUACAACUUCAUGCAGGACUCCAUGUUGGACUUUGAUGGACCGCCCAUCGACCCUGCCAUUGUAUCGGCCCAGCCCAUGAAGCCUGGUCAGCCUAUGGACCUGCCACCGAUGAUGUGCCCUCCAGUUCAUCCUGACUCACGGCUUGCGCAACUCAACACUGUUCCUGUCCAAACUGAGCCUGCACAUGUACCCAUCGUCUCCCAAACACCACCACCCAUAUAUCAGAAUUCUCACACGCCCGAUUCCCGACCAACAGAAGCCAUUGACCCCAUCCAGACGUCCAUGUCCUUGCCGCCGGAGCAGCCUCCGCCAUCUGCUUCUCACCCGCCUGCCUCACAGACCCCCGUCUACCAGCCUGUCCCCAAAGCUCCUCACAGCAGCGGCAUCAAUGUCAACGCUGCACCAUUCCAGUCCAUGCAGGCGGUGUUCAACCUCAACGCGCCAGUCCCGCCUGCGAGUGAGACAGAGGCUUUGAGCCAGCCCGGCCAGUACCAGAACAGCUUCAACCAGGCCUUCAGCAACCAGCCUCAGCAUCCUGUGGAACCAGCAGAGAUGCAGCCUGAACAACUGCAACCUGUUGGUGCCUUCCAUUCCCAAGACCAGCCUGGAAGCCAUCAACAGCCUUCGCAGCAAGGCCCAGGCUUCAACAGGCAGCCUCAGUCAUUCUACAACAGCCGAGGCAUGUCGCGUGGUGGACCCCGCAAUGCCAGAGGCAUGAUCAACGGCUACAGAGGCUCAUCCAAUGGUUUCAGAGGUGGCUAUGACGGUUAUCGCCCUCCUUUUGCCAACGCCCCCAACUCUGGUUACGGACAAACUCAGUUCAACACACCCCGGGAUUACUCAAAUGGGAAUUAUCAGAGGGAUGGUUACCAACAAAACUACAAGCGCGGAGCCGCCCAGGGACCACGAGGCGCUUCGCGAGGCAGCAGCCUGGCAAUAAGAUCCUGAAAGGCCUGUUGUAAUGACUGAAUAAAUGCACCACACUGAAAAUUCCAAAUUCAAAAAUUCAUUUCCCCCAAGCUCACUCUUGCUCUCUUCAAUAUGUUCAUCAUUGAUCCUGUCUCCUCCAAUCAAAAUAGCAACUGCUUUGAUAUUGGAAAUGGGAAAUCAUGUAGUCUGGACACAAGUAAAGAUGUAAAUGCAAUCAGCCAUUUACAGAGGCCAUGUGAUAACAAUAUUCCUGGAAACUUGAAAGAUUUCAUAAGUUAUUUUUUGUAUUAAAAUGCAUCCGCCACUGCUGGUCCAAUCCAUGGGAGUUGAUUCCCCAUUCUCAGUUAUUGUCAUUUUGGUUCUGGAAAAAACAAACAUUUUACGUUCAACAAGCUCCCUGUCCUUGUUUGUAAAUUGAUGUUGCUUAAAGGGUUUCAAUAAAGUUGUGUUGCAUACCCAAGA